GGAAGGAUGAAAAAAAGAAGUCGUUGUUCAGUGUCAGAAAUGAUUAACUGACAGUGGCCCACUAUGUAGAUAAAGAAGACUGAUCCUCUUGGAGAUUUGUUUUUGCAGUAAUCAGAGAUCAUCGAGGAGCAUGGCACACAGCGCAAACAUCAAUGUCGACAUUUGGCAGAGUGAUGACUCAGACUAUGAGGACCUGGAUGAUGGUGUAUCAGACUGGGUCACUUCCUGCCAGGUUGUCAGAGAACCAGCAGCCAUCACUGAGAGGCGGCGUGAAAUUCUGCAGAUGGAGGUGUUGACUGAAUGCACAGACAACUGGCCAACAGAAAGUGGCCACAUGAGAGAUGACAGAGGGCUGGUCAACCCUCUGCAUAGGCACUGCUGGUCGGCUGCAACACAAAAGAUCCUUUCUUCAAUGCCCAGUCGCACCGUUGGGCAAAAUAGUGCUGCAGGCAUUUCUGGGUUUGCAACACACUCCCCUCUGCUAAACAGGCAUCAGACCACAUCACAAGAUUUUAUCCAUCACUCCAGACCAAUCCAACAUGACUUUGUUCUGACAGAUUUGGGAGAAAUCACUACGGAAGAAAACAAGAAGGAGCAGUUGGUAUCCAGCCUUCGGGGUCUCUAUGCGGGUGAAGUCCUUCGUAAGCUGCGUGCCAUGCCACUAAGCCUUACAGAUAAAAUGGAGCUGAGGCCACUCGCUUUUAGUGAUGUAGCUGAAAGUUCACUCACCAGACACGUUCCAUGCUUCGGCUGUUUCAGGUUUUACAUUUCAAGGACUAGGCGCCACUGCCUCUUCAGCUGCCUCCCCACCCUCAUGUCUCUCCGGUUGUGGCACUUGCCAAUGAAGCAACUGAGUGCACGUUUUGGAACCGGAGUGCUCUCCUACUUCCUGUUUCUCCGAACCCUCCUGCUGUUUAACCUCCUCCUUUUCAUCAUCAACGGCCUUUUUCUGGUCUUCCCUCAAGCCAUCAGCCCUCCGUGUGACCACCAGUCACCAGUCUUCACCGGUCUUGAGCUUCUCACAGGCAUGGGUUACCUCUCUGAGAGUUUGAUGUUUUAUGGCUACUACAACAACAAAAGUGAUGGAUACAGCAUAUCUGCAGCCUACUUCUUUACCAUUGCCAUUGCCUUCUUCAUUAUCUGCAUCAUCCUAGUGUACAGCAUUUCCAAGUCCUUUGGGAAAAGUUGUCAUGCCCUGAAGUCUAACGGGAAUAUGGCGGUAAAGGUGUUCUGCUCCUGGGACUUUAAAGUCACCAAAAAAACAUCUGUCAGAAUGCAGUCUGAGAAAAUCAGCACACAGCUCAAAGAACUGCUGUCUGAGAUGAUGCGUGGAGAAGAUGAAGAGAGCUGCAUACAACGACUCUGCAACGUCCUAGUGCAUCUGUUCACAUGGGCUACGUGUCUGGCCAGCAUUGUCUUGAGCGUCAUGGCAGUCUAUUAUCUGUCAGAGACAGACUUCAUUGACAACUUGGGUCGUUCAGAAGGAACUGAUCUGCUCUUGUCUGCAGUAGUGUCGGCCAUUAACCUGUUACUCCCUGGCCUCUUCAACCUAUGCACUUGGCUAGAGAAAUAUAACUCACCCAAUGUUCGUGUUUAUGUCUCCAUCUUCAGGAACUUGUUGUUGAAAACCAGUAUAGUUGGAGUGCUGUGUUACCGCUGGCACAGAAUUGUAGAGGAACCAAAAAAGUGUUGGGAGAGCUUGGUGGGACAAGAGCUAUAUCGCUUGCUGGUGAUGGACUUUAUCUUCACAGUGCUUUAUACGUUUUUGGGAGAGUUCCUGUGGAGGCUCUUUUACAAGCAUGUCUUGAAAAGGAACAGGAAGCCAGUGUUUGACAUUGCUCGUAAUGUGCUGGAGCUCAUAUAUGGGCAAACCCUCACUUGGCUUGGGGUCCUGUUUGCGCCAUUGCUUCCUGCCAUCCAGAUUGCAAAACUAUUUGUUCUGUUUUACAUGAAGAAGUGUGUUGCUCAACUGUCAGGCCUCCAAAAAGCCCUGGAGGGCCACUCAAAUGACAACACUAUUCAUCUCUCUUUUGUUGUUCCCCUCAUUUCUUGGUGCUGCUGUGCCUGUCGCAUAUACAGUUUGGAAACUGCACUACAUCUGUUUUUCGUCCACAGGAUUAAACCCUCAAUAGACUGCGGUCCUUUCAGGAAUCUUACCACAAUGAUUCAGUCGGUGGAGCUGUGGGUCACAGACCGGAAGGACACUGACCCAGUCCUGUUGUGGCUCACCCAGACCACUACCUAUCUUGUAGAUCACCCAAUAUUCCUAUUCCUCGCCAGUGGAAUUUUUCUAAUGGUGAUAUACAUUCAUGCUCAAGUUGUCGAUGGCCACAGGAAAAUCAUCAGUCUGUUAGAGAAGCAAAUUGAAAAUGAGGGUAUGGACAAAAAGUUCCUCAUCACCAAACUGCAAGACCUUCAUGAGCAGAGUACUCCGGUUUCCCCUCGUAGAUAAGUCUGUGGCUGAUUAGCAUUGAUAUUAUCAUCAUUACUAAGAUGGUUGUCAGCACCAUCAGGGAUGUCACAACCUAAAUCACUGGAUAUUAUUAGAAUUUAAUAUUGUAGUUUUUAUUUUAUUUUUUUAGAAUCAACGUUAAAUCUAAAAAUAAUGAGUUUAACUUUACAUGUGUAUGAUUUUGAAUGCAUUGUAUUAAAAGUUGUUUAGGUUAGAAUAAUGUUUUUUAGCGUGUCUGUUAUUGGGCAUUUGUAAUUUUACUGUAAAAAUGUGGCCUGCCAGUGCAUGUAUCUGUGACAUUACUGUAUACUGUGUUCAUCCAGCAAAAUGUGAAAUAGUGGUCCAACACAAAUUAGAGAUACAGCUGUCAAGUCAGGCAUAUUUUUCAUUCCAAAGAACAUCAGAUUUCUUAAGGACACAUUCCACAUGACAUUACGUAAUUAUGUAAUUAUGUAUGUGGAAAACCAAGUACAUCUACAUUAUUUCUCUGUGUGCAGUUUGAAUGUGUUUGUGACAAAUAAUUAUUUAACUGAUACUAUCUUUGAAUGAUAUUUAGAUGUCAAAAUGGAGUGGGCAUUGACCUGUUGCAUAUUGUGUCAACCUUUGUCAGUUUGCUAUAUGUACAGUAUAAGUGCAGUAUAUUCAAUAUCUUUGACAUAAAAUGAAAAAUAGAGCAAUGACUCGAAUGUUGGAACAACUCUUGUGAGGCUGUACAGAUGGAAAUAAAAAUACAAGACUUGUAAGGCGUGUAACUAAAUGUACUCAUGACUCCUUGAAACAGAAAAACUACAAUUUAAAACUACAGCUAAACACAAGAUGUACUUGUUUCUGCUUCACAUGUCGGAAGACUGUACACUUAGUGUGGAGAAGUUCUAUUACCAAGUGCACAACAAUGUCAACAACCCUAAUUAGCAUACUUUGAGAUUAGGCAAGUCUUCAACCAGUCACUCUGACAUUU